AUGUUAACCCUCAGAAACAAGAUAAAGAACCUUGAUGCAAAUGUGAUGCUGAAAAUGCAUGAAUGGGUUCUUCAGAAGCAGGCAAUUCAGACUUGGUUGUACAACCAUGGCCAGAGCUGUAGUCAACAGGCUCUGAUCAAAUAUGGUGGUAGUUGGACACUGAGGAAGGUGGUCAUGCACCAUCAAAAGAAAUCAAUCAACAAAGUGUUGGAAGAAGCCAGUAUCAAGCAGGGAUCUGCAGAAAUGAUCAAGUCUUAUCAGAAGGCUGUCAACACCAUCAUGAAGUCCCUUACUGCCAAGGAGAUACAGGAGGCUGAGACAUUGGCCAAAGAAUGGAAUGAGCAGCAGCCACCUCAGGAUGUUCAGUCAGAAACUGCAGAGAAGAAAGGCCAUAAAUAUGCCAAGGAAUUUGCUAAGGAAAUGUGGAAGCAGUGUGGUGCCAGGGUGGUAGUGAUGGCAGUAUGGGAAGAUGCCGAUGGAGAGGUGAUAGUUGGAGUACAUGAUUUCAACAAUGAAUUGGGUAAUGGCAAAUUACUUGAGGAGUUGGACAAGUGCCAGGAUAAAUUUGUAAAGCAGAGAAAGAGCAAUGGGAAACCUAAAACCAUCCUGCCAGUCAGCAAAAACAGCACACCAUACAUCCUGAACAUAUUGGACAUGCAGGCACCAAAGUUGAAGGAUAUCAUGCAGAUGAAAGGCCUGCAGGAAUUCACAGUGAUCUUAGAAUGGUGGCAAGAGAGAAAAGAGUGGCAUCCCAACAAUAUAUUCAGCUUCAAGAAGUGGAGAGAUGCUGGAGGGUCCCUCCAAAUGCUGGUGGCAGAAGCCAACAGCAGUGGAGCAAGGAUGUGUGCAAAGCAGGAUUUGGAUGGGAGACCAGAACACUCAGCAGGCAAAAGGACAAUGGAUAAAAUGAUGUGGGGUAGGAGGAAGCUGCAAUGGCAAACAGGCACAAGCAUGGUGGAUGAAGAUGCUGCAGAGGCAGUACCAUUGCUGUAUUCCCAGCAGUGGAUUGCUGGAUGCCAAGUGGCUGAGGGUAACACCUGCCAGCCAAUUGCCAUCAGCAAGGAACCAUCAAAUGCCUUGCAGCAGGUUGAGGGCAGCAUCACAAGCCCUGUGCAACCUGUGCCUGACACCUGCCACAUUGAUUCACCUGAUUCAGUCCACCUGGCAGAUCCUUUGGCAGUGCCAACAACUAUCAGGAGAGACCAUAAACAGGAAGAUUCAAAAUGCAAGUUGCCCAUUCCAUCAAUGAGUCAGUACUUGUGCUGCAGUCACUGA